AUGUCAAAAGUUACUGUUAAGUGGGGUAAAGAAAAGUAUGAGUUAGUAGUUGAUCAGAAUCAAAUUCCAUUAAUGUUAAAACAGGAGUUACAAAGGCUUACAGGUGUAGAUGUUGAAAGGCAAAAAGUUAUGGUUAAGGGGAAAGUACUUGAUAAUGAAGAUUGGAAAGGCGUAAAACUAGCAACAGGUACUACCCUGAUGAUGAUGGGACAAGCAGGGCCUGUUGUUCCUGUAGAGAAACCUCCAGAGAAUGAGUUGACAAUGAAUGAAGAUUCAGGAAAUGAUUCUGAUCUUCAAAUGUCUUUACCAACUGGUUUGAAAAAUUUGGGUAAUACGUGUUACUUAAACGCAACAAUACAAGCUUUAAAAGCUGUUCCGGAAGUUAAUGAAGCUUUAAAUGCCUACAAUCCAGAAUCACAAUCAGAGUUAAAUAAUCAUUCUGCCAACAAAUCAUUUCUUAUAUCUUUGAAAAGUCUUUUUUCUACAUUAGACAAAAAUAAAGCCAAACAAAAAGCCGUUACUCCUAUGGUUUUUCUCAAUUAUUUCCAUCAAUUAUGUCCUCAAAUGGCUACAACAACAUCAAAAGGUAGUCUUGAACAACAAGAUGCAAAUGAAGCUUGGGUAGAAAUAUGUAAACAUGUUUUACCUAGUCUUAAAGUUCCAGGUAAUGGUAACACUUCUUUGAGUAGAUUUUUUUCUGGAUCUUAUCAAUCAACUAUAAGGAAUCUUGAAAAUCCUGAUGAAGAAGCUACUACAACAGCCGAAGAUUUCUUGCAACUAUCAUGUUUCCUAGCUCAAGAUAUUAAAUAUCUUCAAAGUGGUUUAAAAAAUAAAAUGGUUGAAGAAAUUGAGAAGAUGUCUGUAACAUUAAAUAGAAAUUGUAAAUAUGAAAAACGUACACUAAUCUCAAGAUUGCCAGCUUAUGUUACAAUACAAUUGGUAAGAUUCUUUUACAAAGAGAAAGGACAGAUCAACGCUAAGAUUUUGAAGGACGUUAAAUUUCCAAUGACAUUGGAUUUACAUGAAUUAUGUACACCAGAAUUAAAAAAAAAACUUGAACCAAUGAGAGCUGCUUUCAAAGCUGAAGAAGAUGCUUUUGCUAGUAGAAAAAAAGAAGAAAAUGAAAAUAUGAAGUAUGAAAAAGUGCGAUAUGAUUUUGAAGAUGAUAUUGGAAGUAACAAUAGUGGUCUUUAUGAAUUAAAAGCUGUCGUGACACACAAAGGUAGAUAUGCUAAUGGAGGUCAUUACGUUGGCUGGGUGAGAAUAGAAAAUGAAGGAAAAGGAAAAGAAGACAAGUGGGCUAUGUGUGAUGAUGAUGAAGUUCAUUUUGUUACUGAAGAGCAAGUAAAGAAAUUAUCUGGUGGUGGAGAUUGGCACUGUGCUUAUGUACUUGUUUAUGGACCUCGAAUUCUUAAAAAAUCUAUCAAAGAAUAG